GAGGAGUAAAAGGACCCCACUGUAUGGUAACCACGCGCAUGCGCAUUGUAGACUUACGGUAUCAUUAGAGACCGAGACGUUUUGGUGUUUUCGCCGGUAACCGCGUAUUAUCUGUGGUCAACAACGCGUUACUCAUACAUUAAACAGACAUGUCGUGUUUUGGUGGUGACCCUAACUUCUGCCCAGAAUGUGGGAAUGUUCUUCCUCUCCCGGGAAUAGGCUUCCAGGACACAGUCCGCUGUCCCCGCUGCUCCUUCUGCAUCCCUGUAGCAGAGUUCUCGGGACAGGAGAUCCGCUCGACGAUCAUAUUCAACCCUGUGGAGCAGUCUUCGUUGGCUCUAGAGGACGAGGACAACUCUGAACUGAAGGGUGCUGUGAUUGACCGGCGCUGCUCUCGAUGCAAUAAAGAGGGGAUGGUUUACCACACCAGGCAGAUGAGAUCAGCAGAUGAAGGACAGACUGUCUUCUUCACCUGUAUACACUGCAGGUAUCAAGAGAAGGAGGACUCCUGAGAACAAGUCCAACUCGCCUUCUCCGUUCCUCUCCAUGCUUGUGCUCUCAUGCUGCUGUCAGAUGCUAACCCAACACAUGGAUUGUAAAUAUAACAGUGGGUGGUUUAUCUUACUGUUCUGGAAUUAUUAGCAUUCACACUUUGAAUAAAGUUUGACAAUUUAAUCUUAA